UUCGUUUUAGUGGGUUUUAGUGUUAUUUAAGAUAUAAGUAAUGGUGGCUAUAGGCAUUGAUUUGGGUACCGCGUGUUCUUGUGUGGCCGUAUGGCGUAACAAUUGUGUGGAAGUGAUACCAAACGAGCACGGGAAUAGAAUAACACCGUCUUACGUAGCGUUCACGCAGCGCGAACGUUUGAUUGGUGACUCCGCGAAGAACCAAGCAUCUGUCAAUGCUACCAACACGAUUUUCGGCGCGAAACGCUUGAUCGGGCGGGCUUUUGACGACGUUGGCUUGCAAAUGGACCUGCGUCAUUUCCCCUUUUCCGUCACUAACGAUAACGGUAAGCCAAAAAUAAUAGUUAAUUACAAAAGCCAAAAAAGGUUUUUCGCGCCCGAGGAAGUAAGCGCUAUGAUACUUUUCAGGAUGAAGGAGAUUGCGGAGGAUUAUCUGGGGUGUAAAGUUGACAAAGCUGUGGUAACUGUGCCAGCUUACUUCAACGAUUCGCAACGCCAGGCUACCAGGCUGGCAGGAGACAUAGCUGGUUUGCAAGUUAUUAGAAUAAUAAAUGAACCGACCGCCGCUGCGCUCGCGUAUGGUUUAAGCAAGAAUUUGAAAGGAGAUCGCAACGUUUUGGUCUACGAUCUGGGAGGGGGUACGUUCGAUGUUUCGAUUUUAAAUAUAGGAGAUGGCUCCGUGUACGAAGUUAAAGCAACUGCUGGCAAUUCAAGAUUAGGUGGCGAAGAUUUCGACAACCGAAUUGUAGCGUACUUCGUCGAGGACUUUAAAAAACGGCACGGCAAAGAAGUUAAAAGCGCCCGAUCUUUAAGAAGACUUAAAUUCGCAGCCGAAAAAGCGAAAACUUGUCUGACGUCCGCUAUGGAGGCAGUGAUACAAGUGGAGUCUCUUAAGGAUUCAGAGGAUUAUACCGGACGCCUUAAACGCACUUUAUUCGAGCAGCUCUGCUCAGAUUUGUUCCAAGACACGCUUCACUUCGUUCAGCAAGCAUUGAUGGAUGCUAGUAUGAAGAAAAGCGAUGUGCAUGACGUGAUUUUGGUCGGUGGAUGCACAAAAAUACCAAAGAUAAACAAAAUGCUCAGCGAGUACUUUGGUAGAAAGAAUAUUAGUAACUCUAUUAAUCCGGACGAGGCUAUAGCUUGCGGCGCGGCCAUACAAGCUGCCAUUUUGUCAGGAAACCGCAGUACGAGACUAAAAGAUUUGUUACUUGUCGACGUAGUGCCAUUGUCAUUAGGUCUUGAAACAGCUAGAGGUAUCAUGUUCAAAGUAAUCGAACGCAACACGCCAAUUCCAUGCCGAAAUACCAAAGAAAUUACAACUCUAGAAGAUUAUCAAUGUAGCAUGACCAUCGAGGUAUUUGAGGGCGAGAGAACUCUGACGAAAGACAACCGUUUGCUAGGUGUUUUCGAACUUCACAACAUUCCUCCGGUCCCACGUGGAGUAGCGAAAAUCGAUGUCAUUUUUGACAUCGACACUAAUGGCAUUUUGACCGCCUCUGCCCGAGACAAAAGCACUGGUAACAGUAAGAGUAUAACCAUAGAUACUGUUAACAGAAUGUCUCAGCAAGAGAUUAGCAAGAUGGUAUCCAACGCUGAGAAGUUUCGGGAAGAAGAUAGCGAGAAUAAACUUCGCUUAGAAGUGAGGAAUCAGUUGGAGACUUAUAUUUAUAAUGUAAAGAGAUCAGUGGUUGAGAAUCUAGAAGGUUUGACUGGGGUUGAGUGUGCAGACAUGAUUGGGGAAUGUAAAACAGCAAUCGCUUGGCUGGAUGAUAACCCUGACUGUUUGAGAGAGGAGUAUGAGAGGAAGAUGUCGGAAUUGCUUAGACGUUGGUCUACAGAUAUAAGGAGAAUAGACAAUAUUUCCCAUAGAAUUAAAAGACAGAAAAGCGAUAUCAUUGAGCAUACAGCCACUAUAGAAGAGGUAGUUAAUGAUCUUUAAUUAGCACUUAAUAAUUUUGAAGGAUUUAGCAAAAGAGAGGUUCUUAAAUAAGUUCUUGCGUAAAAAAGUUGAGACGGCAGCUAUUGUGGGAAAUAUCGAAAAAGAAAUUUCCAAGUUUAUAAUUUUUAUGUUCUGCGCGUGAUACUACAGAGGAUUUUUUUAAUGAAAGAUCAAGAGAAAAAGACGCUACGCUCUCUGGAACAUUUCUCCUGAAUAUCUACUUUACGAGAUAUUUAAAUGCCUUGACAUAUUAAGCCGGCUAACUUGCAGAGAAAUAAAUUAAAAUCCAAGACCAUCGCAGAAACAAAAUUUAGUCUCUGGAUAGUCCGAAAUCUUCACACAUCAAUUUUGUGUAAAGGAGCUUGUGGUGUCUUUUGGUGCUGCCACAAAAAUUCUAUUCGGAAUCAUCCAGAGAAGAGACGAACAAAAAGCUGGCAACUAAAAAAAAAACUGAGCUAGUUGUGACAAUCUGAAGGUCAUCAGCGCUUUUAACGUUCCACUGCUGAGCGCAGGUCUGCUUAAAGUGGAUUAGAUAAGACAUUAAUGCUAAACGCUCUUCUAAUGGGGGUUUUAAAUUAAUUUAGUAUCUAUUUAAGAAUAAUUCUAAUAGAUGGCGCUAAGUUAGUGCGCUUUAUCUAAACGUUUUGUACGUAAUUAUCUUUAAGUAGCUAUAAGUGAACAGGCAUGAUGACGUUUACAAAGAAUCGCUAAAAUAUUUAAUUAAUCUAAUUAUAUACGAUUAAUGUAAUAUAAAAAACGUAUAAUUUUAGUAUAUUCGAAGUGGGAUUGGUAUUUAAUUUCAAUUUACAAAAACUGCAAAAUCUAUCGAUCCGUCAUGACAGUUGAAACGCCGAAUUCAAACUGAUGACGUCACUUCUGUUUAAACCUAAUUUUGUACCGUUUGAACUUCGAAAAUCUCUGCGCAUAUCAAGUAUUUCGUGAUUUAUAUCAUUUGCUAAGUUUUUUGUUACCAAUACCAAAAACAUUAAUUUUUAGCUAGAAACAAGGACUUAUCAAAGCUCUUAAUUGCCUAUUACGUCACGAGUACGGCUAUA